AUGUUCAACUACCUGAGUUUGAUAUAUAAAUCCAUGGAGGGAAUAAACAUAGUUGGACUUUUUGGAAAGCCAGUAGAAUUGCCACCAUCAGGAGAACUGAGGUAUCUGUCCUCCUGGAAAAUGGCUGCAGAAGCACUCUAUAAUGCCGUACAAAAUGGCUCAAUUGAGGGCAUCCAGAAACUGUUGGAAGACAGUGUAGAUAUCAAUUCUAAAGUGAAUAAUCAUGGCUUCACAGCUCUCCAUUGUGCAGUUUGUGACAACAAGGAGGAAAUUGUCUCCUUUCUUCUUGAAAAGGGGGCUGAUCCACGUGCUAGAAAGGAUAAUGGAGCUACUCCUUUUAUCACAGCAGGGAUAACAGGCAACGUGAGGCUUCUGGAGCUCUUGCUUGACUCCAGAGAAAGAAUCAAUGAGUAUGACUUCAAUGGCUUCACAGCAUUGAUGGAGGCUGCUUGGCAUGGGAAAGAGGAAGCCCUGAAAUUCCUGUCUGGCUGUGGGGCAGAUGUCAAUUUCGCCAGAGUAGUGGAUAAGGAGAAAAGGGCCCUGAAUAGAGGCGGCAGAACAGCCCUGAUGGAUGCUGCAGAGAAUGGCCACGUUGCUGUCGUCAAAGCCCUGGUAGAAGAAAUGGAAGCUGUUGUGAACAUCUGUGACAAUAAGGAUAGGAAUGCAUUAGUCCAUGCUCUGUCCAUGACUAAAAAUAAGAACUGGGACCAGGACAAAGAGGCCAUCGCCCUUUUCCUCUUACAACAUGGGGCUGUUGUGAACAAGAAAGAUGCAUCAGAAAGAACUACCCUGAUUUUGGCAGUUGAAAACCAGAGCCAAAAGCUGGUGAAGGCUCUGUUGGAAAAAGAGCAAGUUGACAUCAAUGCUACCGACAAAAAUGGAAGAACAGCACUAAUGGUCGCCACUGAGAAGAAAAACUGGGACAUAGCAAAGACAUUGUGUGAAAAGGGGGCGAGGACAGACAUUGGGUACCCCAUUGGAAUUGCAUGUAGAACUUAUCACCUUGAGAUGGUGAAACUGCUUCAGCAAUAUGGUGCCAUGGCUAGUUCAAGUCAGCCCCAGAAACACUGGACCCCAGUCAGCAAACACUGGGGACCCAAGCUGCAGGAGCUCUAUGGGAAAAGCUGCGUUGCUAUUGGAAAACUCAGGAUCUACAAAGCAAAUUGUGAUUUCAGGUUCCUGGAAACCUCUCAGGGUGGUGUCUACCUGGGAUUUUAUGAUGAAAAAGAAGUGGCUGUGAAGAUAUUCAAGAGUGAAUCAGCAAAUGCCAAGUGUGAGAAAACCUGCCUUGAAAAAUGCCGUACUACCAGCAAAUAUCUGGUAAAGUUCUAUGGGUCGGAAGAAGAAAAUGCCUGUCUCUACAUUUGCCUCUCCUUGUGUGAGAAGAAUCUUGAGGAGUACUUGAAGACAUCAAAUCAUGCAACUCUGAAGAGUGAAGAUAUUCUUCCAACAGUCUUUCAGGCAGUGCAAGAGCUGCAUACGUUUGGAUUUGGCCACCAAGAUCUGCACCCACGUAACAUUUUGAUAGCAAGUCCCAGGAGCACUGGUAGGCAAUAUUCCGUGCUGCCGGAUACUAACUGAGGUGGCAAAAUGGAUUCUGGAGUGCAGCAAAGUUGCGCUAAAAAAUCAUCAAAGUCAUCAUCCAAAGCUGUAAGAGUGAUUUCGGAGGAGGAUGGCAGUAGGGUAGACAAUGUAGUGACAACAGUAGCUACCACAACUACCACAACUUCUACUACAAGUCAACCUUCUAGUACAACAAGGCAGCCUUCUACUACAACCAUGACAAAGCAGGCUUCUACUACAGUUACAAGGAAACAGCCUUCUACUACAACCACAGUGAAGAAACCUUCCACCACAACAAGGCAGUCUUCUACUAUGACCACCAUAAAGCAAACUCCUACUACAACCAAAGCUGUGGCAACUCCUAGUAUGACUGCAAUGCAGCUGCCUUCUACUGCUGUUACAAUGUCAGCUUCUACUAUGACCACAACAAGGCUGCCUUCAACUAUGACCACAACAAGAGAGCCUUCUACAACUGCAAAUCAACCUGACACGGAGCGUACAACCAAAGGAAAUAAAAGUAUUGAAUCAACUUCUUUGAAGACCAUAUUAUCCAAACCCCUUCUCCCCAAUCCAAAGAAGUAACCACAUCCUUCAGCAUUACUACCACAAAACCAUUGAGGCCAAAUACUAGCUUGCCACCUCACACUUCUUCAAGUAUUAGUAAUAUACUGACUUCUACUGUGGCUAAAGUCACAGGUACGGCUGCUAUGAAAACCACAACUACUCCAGCUAAAGGGACAACGACAAUAUCCAAAAGAGACACUACUACUGUAGCUAUGGAAGCAACUUCAACAGCCGACAGAGACACAACCAAUGCAAACAGCCAGGCUGUAACAAGAAUGGAAAAAAGUGAAGCAACAAAUGAAAUUGAUAAAAGUGAUAUCACAGCUGCAAAUAAAGAGACUACAAUAAUAGACACUAAAGACACAAAUAGUAAUUUAGGCACUGCAAGUCCAAUACAGACAGCAGAUAUUACAACCACAGGGACUCUAAUAACUGAUAAAUCCGAUGCAACUGCAGAUUCCAAAGAAGCAACCACUGCAGAUAAGGAAACAACAUCUGUGGAAAGAAGAGAAUCAACAGCCAUUAAUCAGGAGCCAGGUAUGGAUGAUAAAAAAGACAGUAGUACUGUUGAUGCCACAGUUAUCACUUCAGCUGAUAGAGAAAAGGCAACUACACCUCUCACAGAUACAACUACAAGUAUUGAGAAAGAGAUUAAAGAGUCAACCGCAGAGCAUAAUCAAGAGACAGAAAACUCUAAAGAGAGAUCUGUUACCAGAAUCAAAGAAAAAAUGACAGUUGGUGAAAUGGAAACUUCAGAAAAUCAAAACGAUUCUAGUGCAACUGCUGUUACUGAGGGGAUGCCAACUGAAUUGCUGCCAACCGUAGCCGAUAGCUCAAAAAAAGAGACCAUGACUCCAUCAAGCCCAAAUUCUAGAGAUACUACAAACACAAUAGAAUCAGCAAUUACAUCUCGGACCAUCAGAGAAAUUGAUCAAAGUCAGGAACCAACGAACAAGCCAGAGCAACUUGUAACUCUAGAUAAUUCAGAUCUCAUUCCUGAUGUUCUGCUAAGAGGUACACCUCAGCCUGAGGUUGAUUUCGGAAGUGUGAGUCCAGAACAGAGUAGUACAGUGACAAUAAUAGAGACUGAUCCAACAAGAGACACAGCCAAUCCUGAUGGUGAUGAUAAAAAUCACAAACCAGAAAGUAGUACUACAGUCAGAGCAUCAACAAUGACACAGACUGAGCCAACAAGCAACACAGACAGGCUUGAUGGCAGUUAUACAAAUGACAAGCCAGGAAGUAGCACAACAGUCACAGAGACAAGAGUAACACAGACUGAUCCAACAAAUGAUGCACGCAGACUUGGCAGUGAUAGUAACACACCAGAAGGGACAACUUCUAUACACAGAGUAUAACACAGUCAGAUCCAACAAGUAGCACAUCAAGCCCUGACAGUGAUGUUAAAAAUGACAUACCAAAGGCAACUACUACAAUCGCAGAGACAAUAAUACAGACUGAUCUCUCAAGUGACAUACUUACUCCUGAUGGUGAUGAUAAAAAUAAAAAAUCAGGAAGCAGCACUACAGCAGUACUCACAGAGACAACAACAACACAGACUGAUGGAGAUGAUAAAAGUGACAAGCCAGAAGGAACUACUAUAGUUGCAAAGACAAAAAUACAGACUGAUCUCCCAAGUGACACAUUUACUCCUGAUGAUGCUGAUAAAAACCAAAAGCCAGAAAGCAGUACCAUAGUCAUGGGGACAACACCAACUGAUCUAGGUGACACAUGCAAUCCUGAGGACACUAACAAAAGUGACAAACCAGAAGGGACUACUAGAGUCACAGAAACAACACAGACUGAUCCAGGUGACACAACCAAUCCUGAUGGUGGUAAUAAAAGUGACAAAUCAGAAAGGACUACUACAGUCACAGAGACAAUCAUAACAGAGACUGAUCCAGAAAAUGGCACACCUAGCCCUGUUGGUGAUGAUAAAAGUGACAGGCCAGAAGGGACUACCACAGUCACAGAGAGAAGCAUAACAGAGACCUGCCCUGAAAGUGAUUACAAAAAUGACAGACCUGCAGAGACCGCAACAGUCAGAGAGACAGUAAUAACAGAAACAAUAAUAACAGACACUGAUCUAAGAAGUGGUACACCCAAACCUGAAAGUAAUGAUAAAAAUGACAGACCUGAAGGGACCACAACAGUUACAGAGACGAUAACCAUACAGACCGAUCCAGCAAAUGGCACACACAACCCUGUUGGUGAUGAUAAAAAUGACAAACCAGAAACAACCACUACAGUCAGAGAAACCAUUACAACAGGAACUGAUCCUUCUUCAAGCGAUCCAGAGAUACAAAAAAUAGCAUCAUCACCCUCUAAGCCACCAAAUGAUGAGCCUAGUCCGAAUGGCAACAGGAAUGGUGACAGGCCAGAUGAUACUACAGAAAUAAUGGAGACAACAACAAUAUUCUGUGCUGCCGGAUACUAAUUGAGGUGGCAAAAUGGAUGCCGGAGUGCAGCAAAGUUGCGGUAAGAAAUUGGAAACCGCCUUUGGGUCAACUGCUCUUCAUCUGCGUAACCAGAGCUGCAUCUAUCCUGCCAUUGCACAAGCAGAGAGAAGCUAAAAAGAAACAAAAAAGAAGAAAUUCCCAAAAGAUGGGUGCCCGCCUUAUUCCCCAAGAUUGGCUGCAAAAUGACUACAUUGGCUCAAUUCUCCCUCAAUGGGGGAGUGUAUCUAUUGAUGCUGGGUUGCUCCUCCCACCUGCUCUGAGACAGGGCCAAUCAGGUGACAACAGGGCUCUCAAUACAUUGAUCACCCAUUCAAAUCUCUAUGGUAGGCCUGCACAACUCAAAUGACCUGGUGUGUCGCAAAUGACCAUGGUAUGGCUCAUGGGGGCCAAAGUCACUGAUUAUUAAAUUAACACCUAAUAUCAAUCAAUUAAUCAAAUCAAAUUAAAAUGAAUUUAAUUAAAAUGAAUGUAAUUAAAAUUUAACUUUUGAACUUCUGGCUGGGAAGAAUUAAUUUAAAUUAAAAUAAAAUAAAUUGAUUUAAAAAUUUUAAUAAAAUACAUACAAUACAACCUGUACAAAAUACAUAACAAAAUGCAUUGUUCUUCCUUUCCACCUCUCCCAAAAUGGGGCAGUCUGGGGGGGGGGGAGAGAGAAUGGAGCAGUCUUGGCGAGAGGGAGAGAGAGAGAGAGAGACGGAGAGAAUGGAGUGGUCUUGAGGAGAGGGAGAGGGGGAGAGAGAGAAUGCAGCAGUCUUGGCGAGAGAGAGAGAGAGAG